UCCGCCCUGUCAGGUCAUUUUGGCUACGGAGGCAAAGGUGGAGACGAGUACUCUUGCGGCUACCGGAGCCGGCUGUUGGGCUAAGAUUCCAAAUGAAAUCAUUUGAGAGCAUUGAUUCUGCUGUUCCAAGGUCCAGUGGGGAUCUCUGGGCAGAAAUCUGUUCCUGUUUGCCAAAUCCUGACCAGGGGGAUGACCCCAAAGAUGCCUUCUCUGAUUCCUUCAUGGAUUUAUCUUCUGGAGGUGAGAAUCAGAGAGAAGCUGCAGACUUGACUGUUCAGCCAAACCUAAAGCCUUGGGCUCCAUUACAGGAUUCAGAAGUAUAUCUAGCAUCUCUAGAAAAGAAACUAAAAAGAAUUAAGGGUUUAAGCCAGGAAGUGACUUCCAAGGACAUGCUUCAUACCCUUGCUCAGGCCAAGAAAGAAUGCUGGGAUCGAUUCCUUCAGGAAAAAUUAGAAUCUGAGUUCUAUAUGGAGGGUCUUGAGUCUGAUGAGAGAGCUCCCGUCUUUUAUCACCAGUUGUCUACAGAGCAUUUAGAACUUGAUGUCACAUAGGCAUCUCAAGCUCAACACAUUCAAAACAGAACUUGCAGCUAGAUAAAAUGCUGAAGCUGAAGUUGGGAAUAUCUGAGUUCAAAUCCAGCCGUGGACACUUAUUAGCUAUACGACUUCAAGCAAAUAUUUUAACUUGUCUCAGUUUCCUCAUCUGUAAAAUAGGGAUGAUAAUAAUAGCACCCAUUUUCCAAGGUUGUUUGUGAAGAUCAAACAAGAUAAUUAUAAAUCUCUUAGAGCACGACACAUAGAGGUACUCUAUACAUGCAAACUACCAUUACUAUUAUUAUUAUCAAUUAUUCACCUCCCCCCACAAUGGUGCUCUUAUUUGAAAUUCUCUAAUUCUGUCAUCCAGGUUCACAACAUCAGUGUCUUUUCUCAACUUUUCACUCUCUUUCCAUACAUAUUUAAUCAAUGACAAAUCUUACCCUUUUUAGCUUUAUGUCUUACAUAUAUCUUCUUUUUCCUACUCACAAAGCCAACAUCCUAGCAUAGAGAUGUCAAAAUGCAAUCCCCAAACGUCUAAGUAUGUCUGAAACCACAUUAAAAUUUGAUUGGAAAAUAUUUACUAAAAUAACACAAACAAAUAAAAGGUUUUUCUGAGUCAGCAUGCAGCCCACAGAGAUCCUUAUGUAUAGAUUAAUGGUUAGCUUUUUGUUUGUUUAUUUGUUUGACAGCAUUGCCUUCUUCAUCACUUCUAAUUUCAAAAACUGGUCUUGGAACUUUAGGUCUCUUUCUUUUCUACUUUCUUCUCCAUAUAGCCAUGUAAUUUUUCUAGUACACAAAUCUAUUUCAACUAUCCUCUCUCUUUCCCUCCUUUUCCUUCUCAGCCCCUUCCCUUCCCUCCCAUUUAACCUCAAGUUUCUAUUACUCCUCUGUUUAGCCCUGCCUUUCCAGUCUUAUUAUAUACAUUACUCCCCUUCACGCACUCUUAAGGUCCAGUAAUGCUGUUCCCUAUAUAAGUCUCCAUCUCUUGUUUCAUGCUUUGCUAUAGCUGUCCCCACCCCCCAGCCUCACAGCUCCCCAUGCUUCUUCCUCACCUCUUCAUUUUGUAAUUUGGUUCCCGUCAAGAUUGGUUCAAGUAUCAUUUUCAGGAGGAGGCCUUUCCUGGUCCCCUUAGCUGCUAAUGUCCUUUUCCACCUUUUCCACUCCCAAAAUUACCUUUGAUUUGUUUUGUAAUUUGUAUAUUUUAUAUAUUCACGUGCUCUACCCUGUUGGAAUGUAAACUCCUUGAAGGCAUAGAGAAUUUUACUUUUGUCUUUGUAUCACAUACAAAGUGCCUGGCACAUAAUAGUUACCCAAUAAAAGCUUGUUUAUCGAUUGA